AUGGGAAAGGCGAGAGUACUGUAUUGGUUUCGCACCGACUUGCGACUGCACGACUCGCCCGCCCUCAAGGCAGCACUUGACCUAGAUCCCGAGGUUCUAUGGCCAAUUUUUACAUGGGAUCCGCAUUAUGUCUAUAGGGCAAAGGGAGGCGUGAAUAGAUGGCAAUACUUGCUCGAUUGUCAGAAUGACCUGUCAAAAUCCAUAACCAAACUGAAUCCAAAGUCAAAGCUCUUCGUCUUGCGUGAGGCCCCGCAGACUGUCCUCCCCAAAGUCUUCAAGGCCUGGAAGGUUACGCAUCUUGUCUUUGAGAAGGAUACCGACUCUUAUGCUCGUGAAAGAGACAAGAUCGUCACUGAACUGGCCGAAAAGGCAGGAGUCAAAGUCAUCAGCCCUUAUGGCCGGACACUAUGGGAUUCAGACGACGUAGUCAAAAAGAACGGCGGGAAAGCUACCAUGUCAAUCACACAACUUCAAUCGGCUGGUAAGAAAGUCGGAGAUAUACCACGGCCCAUUCCAGCUCCAAAGUCACUCCCCGAUCCGGGUGAGAUGCCAGUAGAUUUCAGUCAGGAUCGACCAAAGAACAAGCCAGAUCUUAUUGCUCCGUUGCGCGUCGGACAAGAACAUGCAUAUAACAGCAUAGCCGGGCCAAAGGGGGACUUUGCCAUUGAGACCCUCGAAGAACUCGGCUUCGCGGCUGCCACAACGCCUCAUCGCGGAGGGGAGACGCUUGCGCUCAAGACCCUCGAGCACAUUAUUGCUGAUGAGGAGUAUGCCGCCACUUUCCAAAAGCCCAAGACAAGUCCGGCAGCAUUCAGACCGCAGGCCACUACACUAUUAUCUCCGCACAUGCAUUUUGGAUCUCUCUCUGUGCGGCUUUUCUACUGGCGAGUCCAAGAUUUGGUGAACAAAUAUAAAGGUGCUUCCACGCCGCCCGAAAGCCUGACUGGCCAGCUUUUGUUCCGCGACAUGUACUUUGCGGCCCAAGCCGCAAUCGGCUCGCCCUUCCUACAGACCAUCAAUAACCCGUACGUGCGCUUCGUGCCAUGGCACCUCCCGUCCAAGGUCGAAGAGGGCACCGAGACGGGCACCAACGCCAUCAGCGGCGAAUACCACAUUGACUCGAAAGAGGCAGAACAGUGGUUUCAGCGGUGGAAAAGGGGUACCACGGGCUUCCCCUGGAUCGACGCGCUCAUGCGGCAACUGCGCCAGGAAGGCUGGAUACACCACCUGGGCCGGCACUCGGUCGCUUGCUUCUUGACGCGCGGUGGUUGUUACAUCCAUUGGGAGCGCGGCGCCGACGUUUUUGAGGAGCUGCUCAUUGAUCACGAGCCCGCGUGCAAUGCCGGUAACUGGCAGUGGCUGAGCUGCACCGCCUUCUUUGCCCAGUACUACCGUUGCUACAGCCCGGUCGCCUUUGGUCAGAAGUGGGAUAAAGAAGGCAAGCUGAUCCGCGAGUAUGUGCCAGAGCUUAAGAAACUGGACGCAAAGUACAUCUAUGAGCCGUGGAAGGCCCCCAAGGCGGCUCUGGACAAGGCCGGCGUCAAGAUUGAGGGAAAUGGCCUCGGCGAGCACAAGGAGGGCACUUAUCCGGGCCCGAUGCUGGAUUUUGGAGAGAGGCGGGGCGUAUGCAUUGCUGCUCUCAAAACUGCCUAUCACAUCAACCUGCAUGGAAACGAUGAACAGGUGAAGAAUGGCGAGUGGAGGAAAUUGUUUAAGGAGGCGGGCGAGACGGAGAUGGAGGUGGAGAAAUACGAGGGUAGUGAUCACGAUGAUGAUGGCGAGUAUGCAGACGAUGCAGACAAUCAUGCGCACAAGAGAAAGCCUCAGAAGCAAGGGCCCAUGGAUAAGCAUGUCAAGAAGCAGAAGAGGGGAGUUGAUUAUUGA